AUGCUGUCAGGGUGCAAGGUUCUGCUGUCUGCCGACGCCCGCAUCUCUCACAAGUCUAGUCGCUCGAAGAUCUGGCAGAGGCGUGUUGCCCAGGAGGGCGGCACCUGGCUGGAUGCCGGCAGCGCCACCGCCGCUGCCACACAUCUGUUGGUGGGCGACGAGGAGCCCGCAGCUGGCAGCGCAGCUGCGCCGGUGCCUGUGCACUACAGUUGGCUCGAGGGCUGCCUGGCCAAGCGGCGGCGUCUGGACGAAGCUGACUUUCACCCUGCCGCCAUCGCAGCGGCGGCGGCCAGCAGCAGCGGCGGCGGCGGCGGCGCAGGCAAGUCCAAGGGAGCGAGCAGGGCCAGCCCAGCGGUCACCAGCGAGCCCGGCAGGAGCAGCAGUGCAGCGGCAGCCGCCCCGGGCCCAGCUGCAGGGCCCUCCCCUGCCGCCGUGGCCGCUGCGGCUGCAGCCGCGGCCUCAGCAGCUUCGCCGGGGCGCCCGCCGCUGCGCCAGCUGGCCGUCAAGUCGCCGCUGCUGAUGGCAAGCGACAUCCAGCACCUGCUGCUGCACCUGCUGGCAGACGCCCCUCGCCCCCACUGGCUGUCGGUGCACGGCCGCCCCGGCACGGUGGUGGUGGUAGAGCUGCCAGGGCUGGACCGCCAGCUGCUGUUGGAGCAGCCGCCGGUGCUGCGGCAGAUGCUGGAGGGAGUGAGGCAGCGGGUGCUGCUGCAGACCACCGCCGUCAACGAGGUGGCCAGCCAGACCACGGCGGCCCUGCUGUCGGUGGCGCAGCCGGGCAGGCGGGCGGGCCACAAGCGCAAGCAGCCUGAGCCUGAGCCUCCUGGGGCGGCGGCGACAUCGGCAGCGGCGGCAGCCGUCCCGGCGGCAGCCGAGGGAGGGCAGGAGCCACCGCUGCAGCACAGGGAGCAGCAAGAUGCUACGGCAGCUGAGAAGGCCUUCCCGCCCGCUUUUUUUGCAACAACGGCGCGGCAGAUGAGAGUCAUGGGCUUCCCGCAUGGUUCCGCAGAGGCAGCAGAUGCAGCGGAGGCUGCGGUGCCAGGUGCAGCUGUGGACGGCAGCCACGCCAGCAAUUGCGCCGCAAGCGACCAGGGUGCAGGCCAGGCGCUGCCGCCGGGCUGGGUGUCGACAGCACAGCAACGGGAGCUAGUUGGAGACCGCUCAGGGGCAGCAACCGAGGUGGUGGUGGCGGUGGACUGUGAGAUGGUGAUCACGGCGGAAGGCUUUGAGCUGGCGCGCGUGUCGCUGGUUGGCGGCAGCGGCGCGCGCCUGCUGGAUGCGCUGGUGGUCCCGGACAACCCUGUGCUGGAUUACAACACUCGCUACUCAGGCAUCACAGCGGCGAUGCUGGAGGGGCUGACGACGCGGUGCGCCGAUGCACAGCGUCUGGUGCUGCGGCAUGUGGGGCCCGACACACUGCUGGUGGGCCACACCCUGGAGAAUGAUCUCAAAGCGCUGCGCCUGGCGCACGGCAGGUGCAUCGACUCGGCGGUGCUGUACCCGCACCCCAGGGGCCUGCCCCACCGCUCCUCGCUGCGCACGCUUGCGCAGCGCCUGCUGGCCCGCACCAUCCAGCAGGGGGCGCACGAUAGCUACAUCGAUGCUGAGGUGGCGCUGCAGGCGGUGCAGCUGAAAUGGCGGUACGGCCCAACCUACGGUACCGUCAAGCAAGGCUGCAGCCACCUGUUUGAUGUGCUGGCAGCCCGCGGGCGCCGCCUGGCGCUGGCGGCGCCCCGCGAGAUGCUGAUGCUGCAUGCGGUGCCGCAGGCAGAGGUAGUUGCGUGCAGCAGCGAUGGGCAGGCGGUGGAGGCUGCGCUGCGCCUGCUGGGUGGCGCGCAACGGGAGCAGCAGGCGCCUGCGAGGCCAGAAGCGGCGGCGGCAGGCCCGGCAGGCAGCGCAGCGACACAACAGCAGCCGCGGCCUUCCCCGGCGGUGCAGCAGAAGCAGCAGCAGGGGCCGGACUUGCUGUGGCUGCAGCUGAGCGAGCUCUGGGACUACCUUGAAGGGCGUGCCACGCAGCUCGCUGGCCAGGACGGCGCGCUCAACCUGGGGCAGGCAGUGGCGGCAGCGCAGCGGGACCCCGAGCCUCGCCGCAUUCUGCAGCAGGCAGACCAGCGCCUGGCACAGCUGGCGGCAGCGCUGCCUGCCGGCGCGCUGCUGCUGGUGGUGAGCGGGCAGGGCAACACGGCUCUGUGCCGAGCGCUGCAUGGCGAGGGCAGCAAGCGCAAGUAG